GAAAUAUUCAUUUUCUCCAAUGUUGAUAUCCACAAAGGUUGUGUGGACAAAGUAAAUCCAUACACGGGUGUAUCGGAUUGCCCUCAACGUCGGCAUUUGUGCGAAAACCCAGCCUAUCGCCAACUUAUGGCAGAGCAGUGCCCAUUAACAUGUAACAAAUGUACACCUAACACAGGAAUGCCAUCAGGUGAGCUAGUGCACAUUUCGAGGAAGACUAUCAGUGUAGUUGUUAUCUCCAGGAUGCCGAGAUCUUGUCAACCCCCGAACGGGUUUAUCGGAUUGUCCGCAGAGGAGCUUAUACUGUCGAAAUGUCGCUUACCUCCAGGUCAUGAGAGAGCAAUGCCCUAA